AUUUUGUAUCGAAAUUCGACCAUGGCUAUGAAAUCUAUCAAAGUCACUAAAGACGAAGCGGAGAACAUCGACCUUCCGUCAGUUGACGUUUCUAAAGACGAAGCCGCUAUCCGAAAGGCUGCAGCAGCUCGCGAAAAGGACCGGAAAGAAGCGCUGAAAACGCUACUCUCGCUCAAACGCGCCAUCGCAUGGCCAGUCAAUCGAUGGCCUCUGGAGAGGAAGAUAGCGGAUAGCAAGACUCGGAUACACCUACCUCGUACAUAUCUUGCGCGCAACGGAGUGGAUACGAAGCUGGUGCGCGAGGGCACAGAUCUGAACGUGCUUGUGCACCAGCAUUAUAUGGAGCAAGUGGAUCUGAAGACGCUCGACCAUGGAUGGGUGAACUUUGUCACAGAUGAGGGCGUUACGGCGAGGAGACACGAAUAUUUGGGGCCUGAUCCGCGAGUGGCCGGCUACUUCUUCGAUAUUGAUGGCGAAGUACAUAUACGGUGGUGGGAUGCGUUCUUGCAGGACCAAUGGAUGGACGGAAAGAAGUGGGAUUUGGACGUGAAGGAGGGUCCGGAUGGAAAAUGGGUGGAAAAAGAGGACUAGAUGAAGGAUCUUCGGUACGCCACGAAACGAAUUCGCUGCCCCUGCGCAGGAAAACUAUACUUCAAACGCUCGCCUAGCCCGUGCACCGGGAUAGUAAGACACUUUGCCUUCGGCCCGUGGCAAUUGUAAGCGCUAUGGUUCUUAAUGGUUUCUUUUCCGAUCGUUUCCCUCAUGCGUAAAGAAGUAUGCUCAGUUUGCCAUACGUGGUCUACAUCGAGAAAUUAAUAGCCGGGAAGCCGGGACACGCUCAAAAUAAUCGCCUAGCAGGCGGAUCCCCAUCGAUCGUAUACAGCGGUAACGAAGUCGAGAUAGAAUGCAUUGUCUCAUUUCGAGUGACC